AUGCCAUCGAAUUCGUCUCCGGAAAUACCUGGGGGUUUUUCUCAUGAUUCGAAAAGCACAACUCAUCUUCGAUGUGAACGUCAACGUCGAGAAGCUAUUAAUAAUGGAUAUCAGGAACUGAAAGAGCUUCUGCCAUCAUCCUUUGCUACAGUGGGAUGUAAAACAACGAAUGCAGCAAUUUUGUUUAGAGCGGCAGAUUAUUUAAAUCAGCUAAAGAUGAAAGAAGAAAAUGUUAACGAAUUAAUUUCACAGUUAUCUGCCCAGAUAUCAGCACUUGAGCUUAUCGCAGAGCAGUACGAAACGAUGGCUGAGAGCAGCUCGACUGCAAAUGCAUCCUCAGUACAAACUUUUCUAGACUCCUGUUUUGCAUCUUUUCGCAGACAAGUGGAUGUUUCGAGUUUGCAGUCUGUAACUCAAACAUUGUUGCCAUGGGUCGAAAUCCUCAACUAUGAUGUGGGUUAUAAAAAUACUUCCGGUCUCAAAUUUCAAUAA